UUCAUACUCCCGACUUCCACCGGAGGAAGAAGAUGGCAGCCGAGGCGUGAUUAUCGGCGGUCCACUUCCCUAGUAGAACGCGCUCAGUCUGCCACGGUUUUCGCGUCGAGUGAACCUCCGCGGCGGCAUGUACUGAUAACACAUACACAUUUAUAUAAUAGAAUACAUAAUUAUAGAUUCGGAUUUUUUGGUAUUUUAGAGAAACAGAAAAAAAAAAUUGUCUCUCUGUAUUGGCCCAAUAGCCGGACAGAGAGAGAGCGAGAAUAGUCAUAACGUAUGAGUCUUAAGGUCAGGUAGUUUGCGACGAUUAUGCGUGAGACGAGAAGAAGUAACGCCAUCCUAGUGUUUAACGAGCGUCAUGUAAUAUGGAAUUAAACAAUGUUGUUAAGACGUAAACAUGUUUUGGGUACAUUGUGGACUCUUUGUUCUCGUGAUCGCUGUACCUGGAUUUAUUAGCAGCGCCGACAGCACGUCCAAACGAGAAGCUGACUAUACAUUGGACGAUUCCUUUUGGAAUGAGGAAUCUCCUUCUGGUGAAGUCGAACGACUACUACGUCAGUAUCGACAAAACCAGGAACUAGUACAAAAUAUCCGAUCGCAUUACUAUCAGAUCAUCUAUCCAGUGCAGCUUCGCCAUCACGAGAAAAUGGGGAUAUCCACAAGAGACGCAAGCGCUCCCAAGUACCCUCAAAGAGGUGGCUUCGGAGACAGCGGAUAUCAAAAUGCUAGGGGAAGACCCAGAAGUGGAAGACACUAUCAUCGGACGUCCCUUUUAAUCAAGGCCUUCAAUCACAAAUUUCGCCUAGACUUAGAGCUAAAUACGCAACUUUUAGCACCGAAUUUGAUUCAAAAAGACUUUUUAGUUGAGAACGCGGAACAAGUUGCAAAACAGGAAAUAGAACAUUGUUACUACCAUGGCACUGUGAGGGAUUACCCAGGUGCCAGUGCGGCUUUUCAUACAUGCAACGGAGUCAGCGGGGUAAUACACUUAGGCAACGAGACUUUUGUCAUACAUCCUUUUUACGGAGGAGAUUUGUCGCAGAAACAUCCUCACGUCAUAUUUGAAGCAAAAACAAAAGCUAGCAAAGGCUGCGCCAAUUCGGGCAAUCUUGAGUGGCUUGUGAAAAACCGCAGGCAGAAACAUGUGGGCCUGACGGAACCGAUUUUCAAUCGCUUCAAAAGAGACGUUCGUGAAGCUGAGAAAUUCAUCGAAACUGCCAUCGUUAUCGACAAAGCCAUGUUCGAUAAACGAAACGGUAGCUCUAGAGCUGAGGUCGUCCACGAUAUUAUUCAAAUUGCCAAUAUUGCCGAUUUGUACUUCCGUACAUUGAACACUAGAGUAUCAGUAGUAUACAUCGAAACAUGGCAAGGCGGUAACCGAGCGAGUAUCGAUAAAACCAUGGAUAUUGGUCGUGCCUUGCUGGGCUUCAACGAUUACAAUAUGCGACACAUGUAUACUGUUAGCUCCGAUACAACUCAGCUGCUCACGGGCGAAACUUUUGAAGGCGGAGAAUCGGGAAUGGCUGCGCAAGGCACCAUUUGUAGUAAACGUGCCAUAGGAAUUAGUGUCGAUCUCAAUUCUUAUGAACCACAUGUGUUGGCUGGCACGAUGGCUCAUAUGAUUGGUCAUAACAUCGGCAUGGGACACGAUGAUGGAAGAGAAGAAUGCUUUUGUCGGGACUGGCACGGAUGUAUCAUGGCUCGGUCUAUCGUGGGAUUGGAAAAUGUACAGCCCUAUAAAUUUUCUGAUUGUAGCAAAACGGAUUACUCAGAGGUAUUAAAAAAAGGUGAUGGAAUGUGCCUAUUGAACAAACCAAACGAGUCGGGAAUUCAGAGACGAACAUGUGGAAACAGGGUAAUCGACGAUGGGGAGGAAUGCGACUGUGGAAAUAUUGACGAAUGUCAUAAGUUCGAUCCCUGCUGCGAUCCCAUCACUUGCAAACUGACAAGCGAAGCUGAAUGCGCCUCCGGUCCUUGUUGCAACAAGUGUAAGUUGCGGCCGCGAGGAGUCAUUUGUCGUGAAUCGACCAAUGAGUGUGACUUACCGGAAGUGUGCUCCGGUGAGACGGGCCAAUGUCCACCGGACGUUUACAUGAAAAACGGAAACUCAUGCUACAACAAUAAUGGCUACUGCUUUAACGGAUUCUGUCCAGUCUUGGAUAUGCAGUGCGAGCAGAUUUGGGGCUACGGCGGCUCAGCGUCCGAUAAACAGUGCUUUGAGCAAUUCAAUUCGAAGGGAUCGAUCAACGGUCACUGCGGCAUGGACAGUUCCGGUCUCUACAUCAAGUGUGAACCAGAAAAUGUUCGUUGUGGCUCACUUCAAUGUAAAAAUGGAAAUACUAAACCAGUAACGAAUGGAGAGAAUGAUCUUUUUUCUACAACCAUAAUUUACAACAAGGGACAACAAAUCGAGUGCAAAGCCACAACGGCAAGAGUGGAGGGGGCUGAAAUGCCAGAGUUGGGAUUAGUUCGUGAUGGAACGCCCUGUGGAGACAAUUUGAUUUGCCUGAAUCAUACUUGCACGAGCAUCUUUCCUCAUGUGGACCAAUCAAAAUGUCCUAGCAAUCAUAAUAACAACGAGUGUUCGGGAAAUGGCGUAUGCACUAAUAUUAACAAGUGCUACUGCAAUCCUGGCUGGACGGGUCCCGAUUGCUCGAUACAACAAGCUAUACCAACGGCGGCCUCAACCACUUCAACCACCGUCGGCCCUGGUAACGCAAGUAACUCAGAUAUUAAACUGGACAAGAAAGAGACCCCCUACGAGAACUACCACGGCUCUAACACUGUAUUUUUAGUUGGUAUGCUCAUGUCGGUGGUAGGGGGUGUUUUCGUAGUAUUUGCUCUGAUGGCUCUCUGCUACAGGUCAGUCGUAGUACAUAGAAACUUCUCCCUCUGUCUCAGACGGAAGGGUACUUUCCACAAGUACGAUCCACCGUACACGCAAAAACCGACACCGAAGAACUUUAGUGGUCCAUCAAAUAAUCAUCAUUCAGACGUUGCAGCAUUAGAUAGCGUCAAUAAGAUCAUCACUUUUACUGACACUAUGCCUAAGUACAGCCGCGAGACCCAGCGCGUGCUGUUUCGACCCCCAAAUAACAUUGGCAAUGCAGACGGGACACGACUCAAGGAGCAUAAAACACGACUGGGAGUUGACGUUGAGGAAGGAGUUACGGGAACAGGAGACGUUGUUUCAUUCAUUGGUCUGAACGCAAACAAUCUUCCAAAGUUGCCUGAGAAGGGAAUUUUAAAGAAACACGAUGGUUACGCUAUAGGUAGCGGGGGCCAACUAACCGAUGUUGAAACAACACUCAAUAGUUUGAAUGGCUAUCAUGAUGAUAUACUUGAGGCGUUGAGAACAGCGGCGAGCCAUCAAGGCCUGUCAACAACACCGUCCGGUAGUGUUAACAUACUGGAUGAUGAAUCCAUUCGAAAAUCCCUAGCUGAAUGUGGAUAUGGUGACGCUUAUCGAAAGUCAAAUGAUGAGGAUAAUAUUGACAACCAGGAUGAUGAUGAGGAGGAAGAGUUACCAUCUUGUGGUGGACCUAUUCGUAUACGCACGCUAGAAGAUAUCAUUAGACAAUUAGAACAUCAUUCGGCACGACACAUGAGUCCUAGUGAAUCCGAGGAUAUUAGGAUGUCGGAAACAGAAGCCGAUCGUCCUUACAGAGUGGCUUCAUCAGUUUGCAGUGAAUCGUCCCAAGGAAGCAGGAGGUGUAGCAGAGGUCGUGAUGACGACCCAAGAUUUAUCUACGGUCGAUAUCGGCAGCCAUCGGCGAGAAGUCCUUACGGAUCUCAUCAGCAUAGUCAUCAGCAUGUUCACCAAUUACAUGAGGAAGAAGGAAUCUACGAAACUGCUGAUCAAGAUGGAAGCUCAAAUCAUAGGGGCGAUACGCCCGAUAGCGAAAGUGAUGCAUUUAUUCAAGCUCAACAACAAGUAGCCCGGUGGACGAGUGAGGAGGGAAUACAACACCGACUACCACAGCAGCCACCGCCAUCACCACCUUCAUUGGCUGUAUCACCGAUGCCGUUGCAGCAGCAGCAGCAAAGCCAACAUCAUCACCACCAUCAUCAUCAUCAUCAACAGCUUCAACAGAUAAUACUGCAGCAGCAGCAACAGCAUCUGACAACGGAUCAAAAGCCAAUCAAACAGCGUGGCUACUAUCCAUCCCCACCCCACACCGAUAAUGGCUUCGUCAAUGACGAGGCUGAAAAUGCUCAAUCCCAACAAGAAAAUCCCCCCGACGUACGUGGAAUCGAUGUGAAACACUCGCCUAAUAUUAAAAAAUGCCCACUAGACGGUAACUUUAGUCUAGAUUGUAACAUAAUGAAUAACGGUUCCCCUAAAGGAUUAAAUACCAACAACGCUAGUGAUAAUGGAAAUACUGCCCUACAGCCCUCUUCGCAUUUUCCCGAGUACAAGCAUUGAUAAUUUAUUAAUCGACGACAGAUAGUGUCCAAAAAAAAAGAAAAAAAUUAAAAAAAAAAAAUAAAGAUCUAGUGGUGUGACUUAAUCUCGAACUCGCAUUUUAUACUGAAUAGUGUAAAUAACGAUAAACUAUCAUUGCGACAACCAGGUAUUAAAUUAUAUAUAAAUAUAUAUAUAUAUAUAAAUAUAAUAAAUUGAAUUAAAAUUAAUCUAUAAUGAAAAAUGUUUUAUGAAAUAAACAUUAGCAAAAGUGAUUAUUAAACUUAUAACGGAAAAAAAAGAGUCGUUGUACGAUAAUUACUCGCUGGCGACAAGCAAAAAAAAAAAUAAAUAAAUAAUGAUCAGCGAAUUCCUGAUUCCUCGUCCAGGUUUCUAUAUAAGAUAUUCGGUUUUUAAAUCGAGAUAUUGCUGAAAGCGCGCGUGUGUAUCACGCGAAACAACGUCGAUCGAGAAAAUUAUUAUUAUUGCCGACGGCGUACGUUUUUUCCACCGCCCGAUCAAAAAAAAAAAAAAAACGAAAUAA